CAGGGGGAUUCACUGCACCCUCACGAUACUUACUUAAGUACUCUUCCCUCCUUCCCGUCGUGAGUGCGCGGGAUAUCGCGUCGUGAUAUAAGCAGCCUUUCCGUCUUCACUUGGUCGCUGGGAUGGAGUCCGGCCUGUUAGAGUCACGACAGACACUGCCACCGUUCGACGAUAACUACUACUACACGAUCCACGCCAAAGUGUAUCCCAAACGAUUCCUUACCAGCGGGAUAAACCGACCAGGAGACAUCAACGUCACAGAAGAAGGGUUGUCUUCGGGAAACUGGCAGUUCUACUUCCAGGGCGGCCGAUUCUUCAUCCGCAACUACGACUACCUUUCACCAUGGCAACUCGGCAUAGACAUCAACGACCGAUCCGUCCCGCGGAUGAUGCGAUCGUCCGGGUCGCUGGGACAGCAGUGGACGCUGACGAGGCAAGGUGACGAUGGGUGGCUCUGGACGAACGGGCUGUUGGGAAACGAAAGUUACCUGGCACUGAGCGAAUUGAACACAGUCCCGGGCAUGCAGACGAGCAAGGAGAAUGCGCUUUGGGAUAUCCAAGUGAAUCCAUCGGCAGAGAGGCCCAAGGACGGGGGCAUGUUCACCGAUGUGCCGAACUUCGAGGUCGCCACUACGAGUACGUCGUCAUCGAUGUCCAGUACAAGUCUAACCUCUGCAUCGACAUCGCCAACGCAAAGUCUCGGUAAUCCAAACGAUAAUAAUCCUGGGGGAAAGAGCGCAAACGGCAUCUCGACUCCUGCCAUAGCAGGCAUCGCUAUCGGCGGAGUUGGGUUCAUCGUGAUUUGCGCUGCGCUCGUUUUCUUCCUCUGCAGAGGGAGAAGAAGAAAAGGAGAAGAUAAAGGAAAGGGGAAGGGAAAACGACCCGUCGUUCCUGAGAAGGUCGACAAUGAAUAUUACAGACAUGAGGCUCCGGCGCGCGUUGAGCUCUCUUCGGAGGCGACACUGGCCGAGAUGGAGGCCUCCCGGGAGCCUGUUGAGUUGCUGCCGUCUCCUGUCAAGGGUCGUCAAUGAGAAGAUGGAAACAUAAACUUUCUGUAAGGCUGUUUUGGGACACUGCAAGCCAUCUUUAGGGCACGAAGCGUUUGAUAUCCUU